UCGGCAACCUUAUGCGAACUCUGAUGUACAUCCUUCCGCUUGCUCGCAUGCUGCAGGUGGCCUUGAUAAUCAACUUGGAACAAUUCCCAGCGUUUCGAGUCGCGUUCGAGCCAGAAGCGAUCAAGUGGGACCUUGAUCCCGAGCCGUUCAAGCUCAGGGGGAAGGAAAUUUCCAAAGGUGUCGACACGGAAGAUCGUCAUGCGCUGCAGUUUCUAGAUGGCUUCCUCAUUGUUUCCGAUCAUCAGCUCGAGGUGAUGUCUGCGAGUUUCGGCGUCGGCUCAGGGACCCACGCUGGGAUAAAAGCCGGGUUCCGAAAGGCAUUCAAGAACAGAUGGAGGCAUUAUUUUGCGAUGGCCAACCUAGACCUGGCCCCGCCAUGCGCAUGGAAUAUGGUCCUACGACGCAGUCCUACGAUGAUGAACAGCAUGGAGGCUCACACUCCUUGGGUGACGGUGGGAGACUCUCCCCGGACUCGCGCUCACUACCACGCAUGGCACAUUAGAACUUCAGAGGGAGAAACGGAAAGAUCCUUCUCGAAGCAACGUUACAUCUUCAACAACGUGGCUUCUGAGAGCAUAUGCCCUAUGUUCGUGUCCACGAGGGAGGCCUCCGAAGAAGCGUGUCCCUCUCGCUUCUCUGGGAAGGACUCACCCGUGUACAUAUCGUCCAACAGAGCACGGCCCGCAACUGCUCGGCCGAAGCUGGAAAUAAAGACAUCGAGACCGCCUUCGUAGAUCUGGGAAUAGACGCUCAAGACGCGCACACGGCCUUCAGCAAGAACCCAGACACGGUUGUCAACGCGUUCAUUGACUUUCUUUAUCUGAUGGACGCUGACAUCAUCGUCCGUACGGGCUCGUCAUUCUCGGGUGCCAUUACUGACAUUAAGUCUUAUAGAUGCAUGGAUGCGUACCUGGGCAAGUUGCCCGUAAGUCGGAUAUACGUUUGCGUGCCGGCGGAUUGUUAGCUGCAGAUUUGGAUGAUUGACCCGUUUAAUGUGUUACUGCUGUCAGUGUUGGAUUACUUGUCUGUGAGUGAAAUAACUUGUUAAUAAUGUCUACAGUAACUGGCGC